AUGCAAUACGAGGACCCGCGCCAUCACAGCUCAGCGUUAGCGGAGCGCAAGACACUGCCGAAAGGUGGACACCAGAAUGGCGCUCGUGAACGGCUUGUAGCCAUUUCAAAAGGCAUGGAAGCGAAUCGAAAGGCUGUGCUGCAGGAGUGCGAUGCGCUGAAACAGCGAAUAACGGAGCUGUGGGGCCCGCCGAAGCGCUACGUAGCGUGCGACGAGGACCGUGCCUCCUUUAUCCAUCGCGUGUGGUACAUAUUUGUGUAUCCGAUGGUGCUGCUCGCAUCACGGGAACAAAUUAGUCUUGAGAAUUUGCCCCCGCCGACGCGGGAUGCGCGCGCGCACGACUGCGGGCUGCGGCUGUCGCGUGCUGUGCAGGCUGCGAUGUACGAGCGUAACGCGUGGCACUGCAUGGUUGGGGCGGAGGUCGUGAGCACGCUGGACGCUUCGAGUCGCGGCGUUCUGCGGUGGGUUGGGGUGCCGCAGCAGGGCGGGUACACGCGGAUGAUGGCUGGCGUGGAGUGGAGCGUGCCGCCGGCUCUGCGCACCGCUGCGAGGUCCGACAACAGCGGUGUGUCGCCGUUCUUCGACGGCGUUGCGCACGGCGAGCACCUGUUCACACCUGAGCAGAGUGGCAUGUCGACGCUGGAGGAAGUGACGUGCGUAAGGUCGCUGUCGUUGGAUGGGAGGCCGGUGGACCCUGCUUCUGUGCCGACACCGCGCCGGCUCUCUCUCACGCGCAUGCUCCUGGCGUCGCUGCCGGAGUAUUUUUGGUGGCAGUUUCCCCUCAAACUUGUUGGCGACGUGUGCACCCUCACCAUACCUUUUCUGUUGAAGGCCUUUGUGCACUUUAUCAGCGAGCGCAACCAGAGCUGGGUGUACGGGCUGGGGCUGGCAGUGACGUUCUUUCUGACACAACUGAUGCAGAGUACCUGCCUGCACCGCUACUACUACGUGAGCAUCAAGUGUGGCCUGCAGUACCGCUCCGCCCUUAACGGGUUGAUCUUUGAGAAGGUGUUCACGAUCUCCAACAAGGCUCUGGCGCAUCCACAGAUGAACACUGGCCGCAUCAUCAACAUGAUGAGCACGGACACCGAGCAGGUGAACCAGUUCAUGCAGCAUUGCAUGUACAUCUGGAGCAGCCCCAUGGUCUUUCUUUUCGCCAUCUCAUUUCUCAGUCGCUUGGUGGGUUGGUGCUCCAUCAUGGCUCUCGUGGCGCUGCUCAUGACGCUGCCGAUCAACGCUUGGCUGAUGAAGUGGCAGAUGGCGGCGCGGCGAAAGCUCGUCAAGGCGACGGACGUGCGUGUGAAAGCAGCGAACGAGUUCUUCUCUGGCAUCCGCGUCGCCAAGUUUAUGACGUGGGAGCCGCGGUUUAUCGCCAACAUCGAGGAGAAGCGCACCUUGGAGAUGUCGUACUUGAAGCAGGUGCAGACCGCGCGAGUCUGCACGUCGUUUGUGAGCAUGGCCACCCCACAGGUCAUGAUCGCGGCAGUGCUCAUUGUGUAUUACCUGCUUGGGCACGAGCUGACGCCGACGGUGGUGUACCCGACCAUCUCUCUCCUAGGCAUUAUCAGGAUGCCGUUUAAUAUGCUGCCGUAUGUGUUCACUGCGUCUGCGCAGUAUCUUGUGGCAAUCACGCGCCUCAACAAAUUCCUCGAGUGCGACAACGCCACCUGCUCCACUGUGCAGGACAUGGAGGAGUACGCGAGGGAGCAGAGCGAGCACAGCGCUGCCUGCCAGCUUGCCGCUGUGCUGGAGAACGUCGACGUGACUGCGUUUGUGCCCGUGAAACUGCCGUUUGCGCCGUGUUUGCACGUGCCGUUCGUUCCGCGCGUGCUGCGGAUGCUGUGCUGCGGGCGCUGCCGGCCUGCGAAGCAGUACUCCGCGCCGGCGGCUGUGGCCGAGGAUGUGUACGCGGUUUCGCAAUCAUCACCCUCCUCGCCGUCUUCGUCGCCAUCUCCGCGCGGAGGCGGUAAUCAGAAGGGUAAUCCUGAGGCGGAGUGGUACGAGCUGGAGCCGAAGGUGCUGCUGCGCGACGUGUCUGUGAGUGUCCCGCGCGGAAAGCUGACGGUUGUGCUUGGCGCGACGGGGAGCGGGAAGUCGACGCUGCUGCAGUCGCUGCUGUCGCAGUUCGAGAUCAGCGAGGGCCGCGUGUGGGCGGAGCGGAGCAUCGCGUACGUGCCGCAGCAGGCGUGGAUCAUGAACGCGACGGUGCGCGGCAACAUCCUGUUCUUCGACGAGGAGGACGCCGCGCGGCUCGCGGAUGCCGUGUGCGUGAGCCAGCUGGAGGCGGACCUUGCGCAGCUUGGCGGGGGGCUGGAGACGGAGAUCGGGGAGAAGGGCGUGAACCUGAGCGGCGGGCAGAAGGCGCGCGUGAGCCUUGCGCGCGCCGUGUACGCGAACCGCGACGUGUACCUGCUGGACGACCCCCUGUCCGCGCUGGACGCGCACGUUGGCGAGCGCGUUGUGGAGGAGUGCUUCCUUGGCGCGCUUGCGGGGAAGACGC